ACUACAAUUCCCAUCAGCCCCGGCAGGGAGACCGCGCCGAGCCGCGCAAAGCCCGACGGGAACCGGCCGCAGCUGGCAAGAUGUCGCAGCCCAAAAAAAGAAGGCUUGAGUCGGGGGGCGGCGGUGAAGGAGGGGAGGGAGCCGGAGAGGAAGAUGGUGGAGAGUUCGAGGUGGCCCCGCAGCGACCGCGGAGGACUAAGCGCGAGAGGGACCAGCUGUACUACGAGUGCUACUCGGACGUGUCGGUCCACGAGGAGAUGAUCGCGGACCGUGUCCGCACAGACGCCUACCGCCUGGGCAUUCUACGCAACUGGGCAUCGCUGCGAGGCAAGACGGUGCUGGACGUAGGCGCGGGCACCGGCAUUCUGAGCAUCUUCUGUGCCCAGGCCGGGGCCCGGCGAGUGUACGCGGUGGAGGCCAGCGACAUCUGGCAACAGGCCCGGGAGGUGGUGCGGCUGAACGGGCUGGAGGACCGCGUGCAAGUCCUGCCCGGCCCGGUAGAGACAGUGGAGUUGCCGGAGCGGGUGGAUGCCAUCGUGAGCGAGUGGAUGGGAUACGGGCUGCUGCACGAGUCCAUGCUGAGCUCUGUGCUCCACGCGCGGACCAAGUGGCUGAAGGAGGGCGGCCUCCUCCUGCCGGCUUCCGCCGAGCUCUUCAUAGCUCCUAUCAGUGACCAGAUGCUGGAAUGGCGCCUAGGCUUCUGGAGCCAGGUGAAGCAACACUACGGCGUGGACAUGAGCUGCAUGGAGAGCUUCGCCACGCGCUGCCUCAUGGGCCACUCUGAGAUCGUGGUACAGGGUCUGUCGGGUGAAGACGUACUGGCCCGGCCUCAGCGCUUUGCUCAGCUCGAUUUGGCCCACGCCGGCCUAGGGCAGGAGCUGGAGGCCGGGGUGGGCGGGCGCUUCCGCUGCAGCUGCUAUGGCUCGGCGCCCAUGCAUGGUUUUGCGGUCUGGUUCCAGGUGACCUUCCCAGGAGGGGAAUCGGAGAAACCCCUCGUGCUGUCCACUUCGCCUUUUCACCCGGCCACGCACUGGAAGCAGGCUCUCCUCUACCUGAACGAGCCAGUACAAGUGGAGCAGGACACGGACGUUUCAGGGGAGAUCACGCUGCUGCCCUCCGUGGACAACCCCCGACGCCUGCGUAUACUGCUGCGCUACAAAGUGGGGGACCAGGAGGAAAAGACCAAAGACUUUGCUAUGGAGGACUGAGCGUUGCCUUUUCUCCCAGCCAUCUCCUAAGGCAGCCUAGCCUGUGUAGGAGACUUUGGGAGGUCGGAGGAGAAAGGGAGAUCCCAUUUACAAGUAUAGCUUCGUAGCAUGGCUGUACAAAAAGAAUGUGAUACUGGACACCAGAUGAUCUGAAGCAAAACUGAGAUCUUUGGAGUAAGGAUGCCUCCAGCAGAAUGAAAGCGUAA